CGGUUUGAGCAAUACGCACAUUUCACUCGGCUCCUGUUAUACGUGGACUUGUUUUGUUAUUCUACGGCAGUGUUGGGACGUUUGGAAGUAUUUACAUCGGGUAUAAGGAUUCUGCUCGGAAGCAACAGAUAAAUAAUCAAGAUGGUUGACGGUUGUGGAGCCACACUUUCUAAGAUGAUUCUUUUCGUCUUGAAUGCUCUCGUAUGGGUGGUCAGCAUUGCUCUGAUUGCUCUUGGUGCGUACGUGCUCGCCAAUCAGGGUAAAUAUGCGGGAGUUUUUGGCACUAACACCAACACCCUGGUAAUAGUGUGCGGCACAGUCCUUGGAGUAGGGUGCCUGAUAUUCUUGACGGCUUUCUGCGGUUGUUGUGGUGCAAUGAAAGAGAGCAGCUGCCUUCUGAAAAUGUACAUCGGUAUCUUGGUUAUUCUGAUCCUUGUGGAAGUCAUUGGAGGAAUCUUGGCUCUUGUCUUCAGAGGAUCCAUUCGAACUUUCCUGUCGGAGCAGAUGCAGACACAAGUCACUAAGUCGUACGGGAAGAAAGACCAAGAAGCAGUGACGACAUUUUUGGAUGGUUUCCAGGAGGGACAAAGUUGUUGUGGUGUGGAAAACUACACCGACUAUUUGGGCAGUGCGUUCCAAAAAGCUAACCCGGAGAAAUUCGUUCCAUUAAGCUGCUGCAAAGAUCAGUCGGUUGAAACCUGCAAUGACGCAAGCGGAGACGACAUAGCUGAUCCAGACCUCAUUUUCAGCGGUCCUAAACAAGGUUGCCUGCCAAUAUUGGUGAAUUUCUUCGAGGACAACUUCCUGUAUAUCGGAGCUGCGGCACUUGCACUAGUCGCCUUUGAGAUUCUGGCGUCCAUCUUUGCUUGCUGCGUCAUCGGAGGCAUCAAGAGGGGAGAAUACGAGUAGUUCAUGCCAGCUAGCUAACGAGUAGUUCAUGUCAUAUCAGUGUGCCUACAAUUGUUAUUAUUAAAUCACACAUUAUUUUAUUUAAAUUCCAGCUUUUCAAAUGUUCAAUUAUGUCGCCUUACAAAACGAAACUGCAACUCAGGCCCUUCUUAGUUUUGCUUAUUGCAUUUAGCAAUUUUUGAAUUAAUAUCAACAUUUACUAUUGGUUUUUGUUUUGUUUUGUUGAAACCGUUAAUUUGCAGGCAGUUUUGUUUUUGUAUUUUGUAUAAAACUUCACGUGUUAUCUUGUCAUGGCCCUUUUCGAAACCACGGCUUUGGAUUCGGCUUUGGCUAGCUUGGCCCCGCGGUUGUUUUUGACAAUUUGAAGGUGCUUUACAUUAUACGUGCUCAGGGCUUCAGACGCGAGAACGGAGCCUGAAGCCAAAGCCGAAGCUUAGGGUUCGAAAGAGGCAUAUGGGUCUGUAUACACACCAGCAGCAGCGAAACGCGGUGAUAUUAAUAGCUUGCUAAUUUUACUCAUAACAAGGUGUGUCAUAAUAUAAUAUUAAUGUGGUAUAAUUUUAAAGGUUGAGUGUAACAUUAUUAUGUAAGAAAAUUCUUGUAUUAAAAAAAUACACCUCGGUUCUGGAUGGGUGUUUUGGGUGCAUGAAACAAAAGAAUAGUAAAUGCUAGUUUAUCUGAAAUACCUGUGGUAGAGUAAAAGGAACUGAAAUGAAUAAGCUGUUAACAUGAAGAGACUUCAGUGCUUGUAUACAAAACGAAAUCCAUGAAAAGUUGAUAUCAUGAUGUAGGACUUUCACAAGUCUACGAGACUUCUGCUUGCCCGAAUAAAACAUUUUGUACCAAACGAACGGAUUAACAGAAACUACAGAUGACUUGAAUACACUUAAUUAAAUUCUUCUUCCAAAGUGAUUUGAAAUGUUUGACUCUGUGUUAACUGCAAUCGCGCUUCUUGCUUUUGUAUACCAUUUAAUAGUCUCGUAUUAUUGUUUAUAACGGUGGUUUGCUUACUUUAACAUGACUUAAGUUUAUUACGAUAUAAAUAUUAAGGUAUUCUUCCAACGAAACCUAUAAUAAGACCAUAUCAAACAAGUGAAGAUUGUGUAUGCACGUCUCUAGAUUUCACUAACUGAUUUUCGAAACAAAUAAGUAAUUUCCAACAUCGGCGGAGGGGGCGGGGUAAAAAGCAACAUGUUGUUUAAACAGAUGAAGAAAACAAACUUGGAAGAAGAGGAAAAAACGAUAGAAUGAAAAAUAAAGUGAUGAUUUAUAAUUAGGAUCUGACUUUUUGAAUUUUGAACCGAAAAGGAUCAAAUUGAACCAGUCCUAUUUAGCAGUAGUAUAGCUGUAGGUAGCAAAACCGUCUUUACAUGUUACGCAGUUCUUGUUAAUGUCAACUUACAUUUAUAGAAAUUUAAGCAUUAGUCAGGCUUACAUACUCGCUAAACAAAAAUGGCGGACGAAACGUGAUACCUUUAAAGGAUAUUAUUUCGUUGGAUGAUGCCAUAGUCCGAAAGGGGUGUUCAACCCAAACUAAAACUUUCUGAAAGUUUAAUCCUCAAUGAAAAGACGAGCGCCCUCUAGUGACAAUGUUUUGUAGGUUGGAUGAGAAGAGUUUUCGACCCUUCUCGACCCUAUCUCAAUAUCGCACAGAAGGCACACCUGGAAAGCAGGAAAGUUUGGUCGAAUGCCCCUUUAAAUAAUUUUAAAGAGACAAUUAUAGUGAUAAUCCUUCUCUGCAAACCAGCAAUUGUAAUAAUUAUUUAAAAAAUAAAGAGAAAUUCAAAUAAAAAAAAUUCUUUGAUAAUUGAAAUCUAAAUUGUAAAAAAAAACGUUAGGAUCAAUUUGUAACUAAUACUUUCAGCAUAGAAACCCGUUGACGAACGCUGUAUAAAAUAAACCAAAACAAAAAUACAAUUAAA